UGCGCGCGGCCGGGCUGCCUGGGCUGUUGGUGGUGCCUGUGACUGUUGGCGGCGGCCGGUCUUGCAUGCGAGGAGGCGGCAGCGGCUUCUCCAGACACCUGCGGCGGCGGCGACCCCCGGUGGCGCGGAGAUGUGGCCUUUGGUGGCGGCGCUGUUGCUGGGCUCGGCGUGCUGCGGUUCAGCUCAGCUAAUAUUUAACAAAACCAAAUCUGUAGAAUUUACCUUUUGCAAUGAAACUGUUGUCAUCCCAUGCUUUGUUACAAACGUGGAGGCCCAGAGCACUAAAGAAAUGUUUGUCAAGUGGAAAUUUAAAGGAAAAUACAUUUUCAUCUAUGAUGGAGGACAGAAUAAGUCUACUGUAGCUGAAACUAACUUUUCAAGUGCAAAAAUCGCAGUUUCGGAAUUAGUAAAAGGGGAUGCCUCUUUGAAGAUGGAUAAGCAUGAUGCUGUUCUGGGAAAUUACACAUGUGAAGUAACAGAAUUAAGCAGAGAAGGUGAAACAACUGUGGAUCUGAAAUACCGUGUUGUUUCAUGGUUUUCUCCAAAUGAAAAUAUUCUCAUUGUUAUUUUCCCAAUUUUGGCUAUACUUCUCUACUGGGGACAGUUUGGUAUUUUAACACUUAAGUAUAAAUCCAGUCGCACAAAUAAGAAAAUCAUUUUUUUACUUAUUGCUGGACUACUACUCACCACAGUUGUCAUUGUUGGAGCAAUCCUGUUUGUCCCAGGUGAAUAUUCAAUAAAGAAUGCUUCUGGACUUGGUUUCAUUGUAAUUUCUACAGGGAUAUUAAUAUCACUUCAGUAUAAUGUGUUUAUGACAGCUUUUGGCAUGUCCUCCUUCACUGUUGCCAUAUUGAUCACUCAGGUGCUGGGCUACGUGCUAGCAGUGGUUGGACUGUGUCUCUGUAUCAUGGCCUGUGUACCAGUGCAUGGCCCCCUUCUGAUUUCAGGUCUGGGUAUCAUAGCUCUAGCAGAAUUACUUGGACUAGUUUAUAUGAAAUUUGUGGCUUCCAAUCAGAAGACUAUACAGCCUCCGAGGAAAGCGGUAGAGGAACCACUUAAUGCAUUUAAAGAAUCGAAAGGAAUGAUGAAUGAUGAAUAACUGAAAUGAAGUGAUGGACUUCGAUUUGGAAAGCAGGAAGUCACGAAAGGAAUACAUUUGUGUUUACACACCAUAGCCUUGAUGAUUCACUCUUAUGGAGAAGAAAACAACUGGUUUUCAUCUGUGGGAGAACAUAAGUCAUUGACCUUUAAGUGAUUGUCACAGUUAAGUUUUAAUUCAAAGCAGGUGUAAUUUAGUUUUAAAAGAAUCAUGAUUUGUGUUGUGUACCCAAUUGAGAUACAGCUUUCUGCUGUUUUUUUAUGCAAUUAGGGGGAAAGAGAGGGGGCAACUUCCAAGAAUGAUGUUUUUUAGAUACUAAGCCCUCUUAGCUCUUCGUUUAGGUGGGUUCUGAUUGAGAAUUCCCAAGCACUAACCUAGUGGUUGCCUGGGGAGCUCUAUGAAAACCAGUGGCUUCCAUGAAACCCCAGCAAACUCAGGUUGAUAGCAGCUUUGCUGGUUAUGGUGUCAGCUGAAUAAAGUGUCUGCCACUUGUGGGUCAAGGGAAUCAUGAACUCAGUACAGACAAAAAUUUGACUGAAAAUAUUUCAUACGCCACGUGCAUGUGACAUGAUAUUGAUGGGGAGGUAGUGGUCUCCAUUCUUGGGGGUUGCCAUUCACACACUCCCCUUUCAAUGUACCAUGUAACUGGUCCUUUCUGGAUUUAGAGUCAUUUUUUUAUGGCUGUGUUUUCUUUGGUUAAUGCAACCCCCUUUUUUUUUUUUACCCCCAUCUUGUCCUCUUGUUAUUUGCUUCUGCUGUACAAGAUGUAGCACCUUUUCUCCUCCUUGAACAUGGUCCAGUGACACAGUAGCAUCAGUGGUAGGAAGGAGCUGGGAUUGGUCUCAGAGCACUGUGUUCACGCUUUGCAGCAAAAAAAUAGCUAUGGUUGUAACAUAUGUAUUCCCUUCCUCUGAUUUGAAGGCAAAAGACUGCAGUGUUUCUUCACUUCUUUUCUAAUUGGGGGCAUGAGAAAGAAAGCAAGAUUGAAAUUUUGACUUGGAGUCUCCUGCAUGGCCACGUGUCUCCAUCAGGCCCCCUGGGCAAGCCCUGAAAGGGUGGUUUUAUUACUGUUGUAUCUGUUGCAUGAGAACCACUCAUCCACCUUCCUCCUGUAGUCCGGCCUCAUGUCCCCAUUUCCCCUAAGACUGUCCUACCCCAGAUAGAAGAAAAUUUAACAUUCUGACAGUUGUGAUCGCCUGGAGUACUUUUAGAUUCUUAGCACUUGUUUUUUUUUUUUUUACCUCGUUUGUGGGUGUGUGUUUGUAUGUGCAUAUAUAAAUAUAUAUAUAAGACAGGCACAUGCAUCUUCUGUAUGGACAAAUGUGGGGUACCUGCAGGAAAACAAAUGUUGAUUUUGUGCUUUUAGUGAAGACAUUUGAAAACAAAGAUCUGUGUUGGGUGGAAUUAUAUAUGAUGCAAAUAUUUGAUCACGUAAACAUUUAUAAACAUUUAGGUAAUUUGCCAAACUUUUUGACUGCUCGUCAGUACCCUCUAAAAAUACUAGUAAUUCUUAUCUGAGUAAUAAGACAUCCGUAUUUGUACUUGCAUCAAUAAUGGUUGUUUGUUAGUCCACUGAAUGUUUCCAUGUGCCUCUUUUAUGCCACAUUUAGUGUCAUAUUUCAUUUUGGGACCAUAUAGUUUGCUAUGGGCAAAUUCAUUCAGGACCUGCUGAGGGCCUCUUAUGAAACUGAACACAUUCUUGAGGAAAAGAACAUCCGUUCCUUUUGGGGCAGCUGUCCAAAAUCUUAGCAUAUAUGGAGGGAGCUGUAUUCCAUUAUCUGCAUCUCAUGGCUCCUCUUGUUUUUCCUUCUGGAAAUGCUUAUGCUUUGCUAACAUAGUUUGUUACUUUAGUAACCAGUUCUAAUAAAAGGAGGAAAAAUGCAGAUGGGGUUUGACAAGAUUGAAAUUCGUAUUCUGUAUUAAGAAAAUCAGAUAGGAAAAUCUUUAUAGUAAAUUUUUUUAUAUAAACUAAAAUUUUACCUUUUAAUAUGUAGUACACACUCAUUUAUUUGGGAUGCACUCCUGGAUCUUGUAAUCCAUCGUGUUCUCUUUAAUACUGCCUGCCUUUUGAGGCAUUCACUGCCCUAAACCAUGCCACCAGGAGUGGCUGGGAAAUACCAGAGUAAAGACACUUUGUGUUAAACUAGUUGUCAACUUCUCUGGAUAAGGGACCACAGUAGUAGGUAUCCUUUUGCUUGAACAUUUUGGAGCCAAUUCCUUCUCUUCAUUCAAGCUAAAAAUGCUUCUUAGUUCCAUCACACAAAAUUUAAAUUGUUGACAAUAUUUUGAAUAUCAUAUAUCGGUUACGUUUCAUAGCAUAACAUGUAUUUUGCUUUCUGAUUCCAGUUUUUGCCAUCAACUCUUCCAUUCGCUUGUAUUUAUUAUACAUUUUCAGGUUGGCACCAUUUGUACUUUAAAAAAAAUAUUUACUUAUUUAUUUGAAAGAAUUGCACAGAGGGAGAGAUGAAAAAAAAUAAGAAAGAAUGAUCUUUCAUCUGCUGAUUCACCCCUCGUUUGGCCACAAUAGCUGGAAGUAGGCCAGGAAAAGCCAUGAGCAAGGAGCUUCUUCCAGGUUUUCCAAAUGUGUGGCAUGGGUCCAGACAUUUUGGCCGUCUUCUGCUGCCUACUCCAGGCCAUUAACAAGGAGCUGAAGAGGAAGUGGAGCAGUCAAGUCUUGAACCAGCAACCAUAUGUAAUACUGGCAUCACAAGCGGUGGCUUUACCUACUGUGCCUCAGUACCGGCCCCACAUUUGUCACAUUCUCCAACAACUUUCCCACUCUUGAUCUAAUCAAAAUUUUAAUCUCCUUUGAGGCAUUCUGCUUCAGCCCUCUCCAGACGCUGGUUCUGCUGGCCAUCCUCUGUAGCUGCCCUUUCGUCUUAUACUCAUCUUCCCCCAGACUCCACGUGCUUUGCUUAGCUGUGUUGACUUUUCAUCUCUUUCUUCUCAUUCAAUGUUAAAAAUGCCUUCCAUAGCAAAAGCUUUCUCCUUCUCUGUUGCUCCAGUGUUUUGUAUAUUCAGUACAUAAGUUUGAUGAUUAAUAAGAACUGGCUGUAUUUAGAUUUUUCCCACUGCUUUUAACAGAGAGAGAGAGUUUUAGCUAAGGAGUUUUCUUUCUUGUCAGAUUUCACUUGCUGUAAAAACCCUACAAGGUGAUGGUUUUUCACCUGGGGACUCCAGGUCCAUUCUGUUUAAGUUCUUUAGAAUGUCAGAAUGAAAAUAAUGGGGAUAUAUGAUGCCUGGAAAUACUACUGUUUUCAGGGUUCUAUAGCCAGAUGACCAAAUUCUGAUUUGAGUCAGUAAAGCUCAAAAAGUGAUAAGUUCACACUUUCAUCUCAUUAAUAAGAAUUAACAAGCUCUGUAUCACUGUCUGGAUAUCUUUUGUCUUAUACUAAGUAUUGAAAAGUGGUGGUUCUGUAUGUGGAAGAUCAUCUACCUGCUGCAGGAAACUGGAGAAAUGAUUGGUCACACUUUCUUUUUACUGCAUUUUAUUUGGUAGAAAUGUUAAUUAUAACAUGUGUCUCUCUCUCUUUUUUUUUAAUCACCUAACUGCCACAACACACUGAAGAAUCUUUGUUGAGUCAUUUUCUGUGACUCAUAGGGGUAAGGGGUAACACUGAAGACGCAAGCAUUAUUUGGGAAGUUCUCCUGGCUUUGGCUGUCAUCAUGGGAGAGCAGCUUUCCUGUAACUUUAGUCUUUUGAAAAAAGAGAACGCAUUUGUAACAAGCUCUUCUGCCUGCCUGAUAACAUCAGUGGAAUCUUAAAAGUGUUUGCUGUCAUGGCUAGUGAGAGAGGAAAACAUUCUUGUGUUUAUUCCAAAAAAAAUGUUAUUUUAAAAACCAUCGUUGAGAGUUAUAUCCCACCACAUAUAAAUAUCCAUUAACCAUUCCAGAUGAAGAGAGCCCCAGUGUUGCUGUAUUGCAGACCCUCUCCUGGCGGGGAGGGCUGUUAUGCAUAGCAAUUACAGGUGUGCAAUUUGUCAGUAGUCAUUUUUUUU